ACUGGAACUGCCUCAGUCUUUUCAACAGAUUUAUGGGGAAAACACAUCAAUAUAACCCAGUCUGAGUCGGUAGUUACUUUUCUUUUUCUCAAAAAAGUUUUUCCAUCGUUUUAACACUUUGACUUCAAAAUUUUAUCCAAUUUGAUGGAACAAGUGUCUCUAUAAAUUUUUUGGCUUUAUCAAAAUUAUGACUAAAGUGAUGAUGCAGUCAAAGGGUUCGGCCGUCGUUUCCGCUCUUCUGAAACCUUUUCGCACGCGUCUAUGCCAAAGGGACAUGGGAUCCUAUCCCAGUUUGCCAGCACGCAAAGAUCUCAAGAAGAUGAAGGUCCCAGAUCCAGCGAAAAUGUACGAUUCCUGCUGGCAGGCGAUGCGUCGCACAGAGUUCAAGUGCCGCUCGGAUCCCGAGUUCAAUAUGCCCUCGUUCAUUGAUUCGCGCAAGGCGUGCCUGAAUGAUCCGUGCGCCACCGAAAUCCAGGGCAUGGAUGUUACCCACUACAAGCCCCAGGAUAUGUUCAGGCGCAAGUAUUCGCGCACCUGGAACGAGUGUGUGGUCAAGCGGCGCAAGUGCAAGGUGCAGUGUGUCCCAGUGGAGCCCAAGAUACCUCGCCGAUCGCGCAAGGUUCACAAGAAGAAUGCUUGUACAGAGAACCUGUGUGUCCUGGGCAAGCAGGACAUUGAACUAAAAUCCUGCAAGCUAAUGAAGCCCAGCCUGUGUCCGCGUUUCAAGAUGCCCAACUGCUGUGUGGAUGUCCGGGAUCCCCCAAAAUGUACACCCGGCAAAAGGGGUGGACGCUGUAAAAAGCGAAAUACCAAGUACCCCAGCUACUCCGAGUGUCGCCAGGAGCCCGUUCCCCAUGUCCCGCCCGUGGAGUGUAAAUGCACUGUGACGCCAUCCAUAUGCGAGAUGUGGAGGUUCUACCGUACCAAGGUUUAAGAGGAUCUCUCUUGAGCAGUUUUUAUUGGUUACUCUCUCUCUCUGCCAAAUUGUGGUGCUAAUGGGAAACAACAAACAUAUCUUACAUUUACGUUUUAAAUUUCUUAUUGCGAUGGAUUUCAAGGCAUUACGGUCAGUGCACUCAAGUGGCCACACAAAGCAGCUAUAAAAAUAAAUCGGAGAUUGUUUUCUGAAAGUUGGAUAAAAGAA